AUUCAGUAAAUAUCUUAAACCGCGAUUAGGUAUAAUUUAGGAUGUUGAACUUUGACACGGAAACCCAUACGCGGAAAUCGUUAAGCAGCUCAAAUUACGUUCUCUCUAUCUGAAUCUCGAGCGGACUUGACGUUUCGUGUCUUUUACAGACUUAAAAAUGCGUUACGUGGCCGCUUACCUCCUGGCUGUACUCGGCGGGAACGCCAGCCCCACCGCCAAGGAUAUCAAGACCAUCCUUGGGAGUGUGGGGAUAGAGGCCGAUGACGAGCGUCUGACCAAGGUCAUCAGUGAACUGAAUGGAAAAGACGUAAAUGAAGUCAUGAAUGCAGGCCUCUCGAAGUUGGCCUCCGUGCCAGCAGGUGGCGGUGUGGCUGCACCUGCAGCUGCUGCAGGGGCCGCUCCAGCGUCCGUGGACGCUCCUGCCGCGGAAGAGAAGAAGGAAGAGAAGAAAGAGGAAUCUGAAGAAUCAGACGAAGACAUGGGCUUUGGCCUCUUUGACUAAUUUUUCUUUACAAGUUUAAAAAAAGGAAUAAAAACUGAAAAACGAA